GGAACGCCUUUUCCGGAAGUAGUUAAUGCUAGCACAGUAGCAUACCUAGCUAACAGAAGUGCCUACCAGCUCCCGAAGAAAACACAAAGUCCCGCUCUCAGGUGGGAUCCCUGUCGUCAUGGCUGUGUUGUGGAUUCAUUUGUGACAACUAACGCCAAGAUGAUGAACGACAUCAUGGAGGAGCCAGAGAAGGACAGCCUGCUGGAGGCUCCGCCGGAGACUCAAGUUUUCUCGGUAAUGUCAGAGAGAGCUAGAGGAGCUAAAGCUAACCUGUUUAAAGAAAGUCUGCUUCUUAGCACUUAUUCCUGAUCACGCAGACUGCUUGGAUCGGUCUCGGGGGGCUGAGUUUUCUGUUGUUUUGAUAAUUUAAUGACUGUCAAAAUUGUGGCUUUCGAUUUAGAGUGACAUGAUUGAAAUACUUAUAAGCACGUAAAAUUGAUUGUCCCUUCCUGUAAACCGCGAGGGAUGCUGGGAAAUGUAUUAUUUAUUUAUAUAUGACAAAAUAUACACUCACAGAUAUAUAAUACAUUAUAUAUAAUGACAAAAAACACAGAUAAUGCUUGAGUUGAUUUGAGUUUGUAUGUGUCUGCACUUCACUCGUCACUUUAAUCCCAUCACAACCUUAAUGUCACAAGCCUGUUCAUGUUAUUUCGAGGGCCCGACCGAUAUGGAUUUUUUGGGGCCGAUGCCGAUAAGGAAAAAAAUCGGUUACUGAUUAAUGGGCCGAUUUUUAAAUUUUUUUAUGAAGUUAUAAAACAUAUAUAUAUAUAUGUUUUAUAACUUGUUUUAUAAGUUUUAUAACAGACGGCUAAAAUUGGCCCUAGUUAUUUCCCAAAUAAAAACUAAGAUUAAGGGGUUACAAGUGAAGACUUAAGCAGAUUAAAAACAAGUUUAUAUCAAAUAGUUGCUCUGGUCUGAAUGAGUCUGAAGAUUUUCAUCUAUAUUUGCAUUCUAAGGCACCCAGCAGUGGCACAAGACCUAAAAUAACAGAUGGAGGAAUCCGCCCUGUGGAGAAAAGGGGACCUUACAUCAUUUCCAGAGCUCCAGCAAUCCACCUCAAACUACGUAAGCAUUUUUCUGACUCACUGUAAUCACAAACAGAUUAUUUUUAAUGCCUGUUUGAGUGUCUGGAAUCUUUUCAUAAUGAUCAUGUUUUUACACGUGUAACUGAGGUUCAUGCUGUUACAUGCAACAAACUGUGUCAGUCUUGAAUAUGCAGCUAAUUAGACAGUGUAGCAAGGCACUGAUAAGCUAAAAGGAGGUUCACUGCCUGUGUCCGCUGCAAAAUGUCAUGGCAUUUCUAUGUUAUGAAGUUCAGACUUUCUCAUGAAGUGUAAAGGGUACACUCUGUUAGCUUCACAUUCCUGCAUAAAUCAGGACAAAGGUUAUGGUCCGAGAGUAUUUCUGCACUGGUGAAAGGUAUAGAUCUGCAGAGUCUGUCAUGUGAGACUGAGAAGAUUCACAGCCAAAAUGCAAGACUUGUUUAUGUGAUUUUUUUUCCUCUGCAUGCUUUAUAUGUUCACAAUCAGGAAAUAAAAAAGGGAAACAGAACAAGCACUGAAAUGUUGUUACAUUUCCGCCAUCUUAUUUAGUCUGUGGUUUCAGUAAUGUCCGUCUUUACAAAGGAAUUCAUGGUUAAUCAACAGUGUCAUGAGGGCAUGUAGUCAAUGCAAUUUGAAAAAAAAAGGAUACAUUAUCUUUUGUUUUCAUGGACAUUUGGUGUUAUUGUUAUGCAAUAUGAUGAAUUCAAAUAAUUUAUAGAAGAAAGGUUUGGUGAUCAGAAUCUGAGUUGAACCUGUGUACCCCACACAUCCCUAUUCAGGGUCUACAUUCACCACAAAUUAUAGGAAAUUUGUGAUUGAUUGUUUUUACCUCGGCAAAGGGAAUAAGAGUUUAACAACUUUCCAAAGUCAGGAAUGUCCCUCUUUCUCGGAUAUGGCUUAGGAGAGCUCCAAGGUUGCUGCAAGCAUUUUAACCAGAGGCAAUUGAUGGGACUAACAUUAAUACACAUUCCAGUCCAUAUUAAGUUGUGUUAUGAAACAACCUUAAGCUUCUUUUACAAUGUUGACUGAAACCUUGCAUGACAAAUUGAAUCAGAAAUGAAGUAUGACCUAACAUAGCGAGACUGGACCACAAUAACUGAGUAGGCCAUCAUACCAACAAUAAAUUAGCAAAUAGGCAAAAAUAUGGGCAAAUGUUAGAUUUGGAUACAAGUUUUUUUAAGGUGUUAAGUUUUCAUCUCAGUAGCCUUCAGAUUUCCCUUUGCUUUAACUGUUUUGCAAUCAGUCCUAAUCAGCACAAGCUUUGGUCUUAUCACUGACAGAAAAACACAGGGAGAUGGCGAGGAAGGCCCUGAAAAAGAAAGCCCUCUCACCUGGACCGCCUGUGAUGCAUCAGCCCCGACAAGGUGCUAAAAGGUGAGGAAAGGGGGAAGAAGGCUCUUUGAUAUGUUAAUAAUCAGCAUAAUGUAGGGAAAGAUAAGCCUGUAUGACUGUUUCUGGCUCUCUUUUAGGACAGUGAAGUAUAACAAGGGCUACGCUGCUCUGAGUCAGCACGCUGAGGACAGUUUGGUCGCACUGGACACAGACAGGUAAGGCUACACCAGAUGUACACGUGGUAACAUUGCUGAAUUAAUUCUUUAUGCAGUGGGGCUGUUAGGUUGCUGGACUUGCGAACUUUGAUACAACACUGUAAAAAAAAAUCAUACUCAACACUCCUUUUGAUACCCCAGAAAGAAAUGACUCUAUGAAGUCAAAUGAGGUUGUUUUUUUCUUUGUUGCUGCUUUUACACUGUGUAACUCACCACCAACCUACACCUACAUGAUAUUAUGUUACUGGCAUCACAUCUGCAUCAGCAUUCAAAACAUAAUACAGUCUAAAACAACUAUCCACAUUUGACUGAAUUUGAUUGGUAUCUUACUUUGUGUAUAUUUUAAACCUUACUAGUUACCUUAAAUUUUUCCCAUCUCGUAUGGCUGGGCGAAAAAAACCCAAAGCCCCAUGUGGCAACAUUUUAUUCAGCCAAACACAUAAUGCAUUUGUCUACACUAUUUGCUAAAAAAAUCAUUUAGGUUUGGCAAUUUUGUCUCAUAUUGUUAGUACUGUAAAACUAUUUUAACAAAAGCAAAAACAGAAGAAACAAAAACUAAACUACAACCAGAAUUUUCAAAUGGCCCUCCCCAUAAAGGUUAUUUUCACUAACGUGUAUGAACUUCUCUGUACACAUCUGUCACAUGAAGCUCUGCAAAAAUGUGUCUUGCACCCAUAGCCUACACCCAACAGGAACUCUGCAAAUUUUAGUUGAAGGUCAACAUUUUACUGAUUUUUAGAGAGAAACUCAUCCCAGGGGGUUUAUCCAAACGACUCCAAAUUUGUGUGCCGUGUAAUGGACAUGUAGAAGAUUAAAAGUUGUUUAAAGCUUUCCAUCUCGUCAGUGGGUGUGAAUGUGGCAUUUCUUCAUAGAUAAGCAUGAAACAGGAAGUAGUUUUUAUCUCAGCCAUGUAUUCUUCAUUCUGACCCAAAAGAGCCCAGGUCUGAACACUUUGAUGGUGAUGUUUCAUCUCAGUGGCCAUUGGAAAUAUCAUGUUUGACUCAAUGACUUGAAACCCCAAGACCAUUGAACAUAUCUGCAUACUUUUUGAGCUGCGAAUUAUGAUUGCGGUAUAAUUCUCAUAAUGAAAUUUUAACUGUUCUAGCGCAGUCCCAUCUAAACACAAGUGCACAAUACUUCCUGUGCUAGCAAAGGAGUAACUACGUCCAUUUGAGCACUUUCAAAUCCUAUCUAGAUGACGGAAUUUCCCUCAACUUUCUCCUGGUACAUCCCAAAACCUUGUGCCCUCUCACCCAAAGACAACAAAAGUGGACACCAAAGGCUGUUGCCUUGGCGGCAUUGUAUUUGCUGUCAAACAGGCAAAUACAAUGCCACAGCCGUCCACAGCCCAACGGUGACAUGUAUUUUGCAAAGGUGCGCAAAGGUGCAAGGGCCCGCUCAAUGCUGCUUGCAGCUGUAAUUCAAAAUUAUAAACAUUAACUCCUGAUGCCAUUCCUCGUUAUAGUUUGGCUCUAUUGUCCCUGCAUGUGUCCUUUCAACAUAUUUUAGUUGUUUUCUUUAGAGUGACAGAACUUGUCUUUCUUGUCUUAACAGUGAUGAAGAGAUCGAUUUCGAGCAGUAUUCCUCAGGAUACUCUUCAGCUGAGGUGAGUUUGCCUUCUUUACCAUCUUUACAUGCUCAGUUAUCUCACAGUGAUGUGGAUGUCCAAAAGUGUUUUAUUUUGGCCCCCCACAUCAUCUUUUUAUUUGUUAUUCCAGCCUGGGAUGCAGUUUUUAUUUCUCUUUUUGUCUUUGUGGCUCUUGGCAGCAGCACACACGCUUGAACACUUAACUUUCACCUUGCACAACUCCUACGAUAAGAUCAAACAUUCAGACCAGAGACAAGACUUUGCUUGUGUCUGUUUGCCUUUAUACUUUAUGUUUGAGUAGUCCAUACUGACUGCCUGAGGAUGUGUUUUAUUUUCACCUGUUGUUUUUCGUCUCACACACUGAGCCUGGGGCUGUUUCUCGAGCGCAGAUAUGUAGCCCGGGUUGUUUCCUCUGCCUUCAAGCAGAACCUAAACCCUGUCCUUCUUGUUUUUUCACAUUUUAGCGGAGAAACACUAGAAGUUUCAUCAUAACUAUGAUGCAUCUGACUAGUUUAAUCAUGUGAAACCAAAGUUAGUUCAUAGGUGGUCAGAGUUGUGAAUCGCCAUCAGCGAUUUUUAUCAGUGCAUUAUGUUUGAACAGCUUUGGUUUCAGGUGAUUUAAGGGAAAGGUGCUUCUUCAGGGGGCUUUUGCUGUUACUGGGAACCAUCAGCAGAGGAUGUGAGCACAAGUGGCUACCUUAUUUGAACCCCAAAGCCACUCAGAUUAUACAUCGCUGUCCCUUUAUAGCUAAUAUGCUCCAUUGCCCAGAAUUUAAAGAAUUUGUCAUUUAGUUUCAAAUGCCUAGAACUAUUGGGUUAGCUCAUAACAAAAUUACUCGGGUAAAAAUAAAAACAUUUUUUUUUAUUACAUUGUGAUUCUAUGAUAAAUUUUACUGUCGCUGCGCAAGUAAGAGAAUUGAGAGCAUUCUGAUUUUGAAGACAUUCAUUCAUCAUUCAUUAAACUGAGAUAUUUAAUGUCCUGUUUGCUGAAGGUGACUUGAGUUAGCGCUGCUUCAGAGAGUAGAAGCUCAACUUAAGCUAAACUUUGUGUGUCAUGGUUGUCACUCUUCAGGUUCAUCCUGACUUAAGCAAGCAGCUGCUUCAGGACGGCUACCGCUUGGAUGAGAUUCCCGAUGAUGAGGACCUGGACCUGAUUCCGCCCAAAGCCAUGGGCUCCUCUGUGUGCUGCUGCUCCGAGGGCCCGUCCUGCUCCAUGCAGUGAUGCUGGCAUCGUGACUCAAACUCUAGCUAGCUCUGGCUCCAGUUCCUGUUUCUGACUUUUGUCACUGCUGCCUGAGGCCUUCUUUCUGAGCCAGCUACACCGCUGUGCUGCCUGAGGACUUCCAGCCGUGAAGCCCAACUCCUGUUCAAGCAGGACCGCCUGCACCGAGAUCACUCGACCCACAUGACAACACGAGGAACAUAAGAACAAGCCUUAUCCACUGUGACCCCAAAGUUCAUGCAUUUUUUUAAUUUCUCUCUACUGUUGUCGUCUUAUUGAACUACAUGAAAAGUUUAAUACUAAGAGAGGGGCAGCGAAGAUUAGUGUUGGGGAGACACUGUGUCCUUUUUGACCCAAGCAGACCUGGAUACUCUUCUCUGCUCUAGUGAACUGGUCUGCAGCCCUACACUUACGGUGUAUUAUGAUUUAAUGUUACAGCCAUUUGGCAGGUAUUCAUCAACUGUGAUAUGUGGACAUUUCAUUUCACCGUUGACUUCCCCUGACUGGUGUUGCAUUAACCGGCUCUUUUGUAGUCGUCCUUUUUUUUUUUUUUUUUUAUAAUUUUUCUGAUUUUACUGUGUCCAUCUUAAAUGUGACGUCAAACUUUCAUUCCAAAGUUAACUUGGCAGUCUAUUUCGCUGACUUGAAAUAGACUGCACAGUGUAGUGUUUGAAUUAAAACCUUUGUUUAUGGUAGGUGUCAAAAAGUUUUGCACGUCUUUCGGUCAAACAGCAGAAAAUAAGGAGUAAUAGAAAAACCUGGUCUUGGUUUAUCUUCCACUGGUUCUAUGUUGUUUUUUUACAUCCUGUCAGGGAAGACAGAGAAGCUCAUUUUGUUUCACAUGUUCUCACUGAGCAGAUUGCGACACACUAAGGAGGACUCGCCCAAACUUGGCUUGUUGAAGUUACACUUUGAGACAAACGCAAAUUGAGAAGUUGUUGCAAAAACUCGUCAGCAGUUCGAAAAGUAAAACUUGCACUGAUUGGAUGUUACACUGCUGCUUAUUGCACAAGAUUUACACAGAUGAGUUACUGAAGAGCUUUCAUAGAAGGACCAAUGGAAUCUGAUUAGAUAAGAUAGAUUUAUACGACAUUCCAGAUUCAAAUGUACACCAAAUUUUACAAAAGCUUUACAAGGAGACUGUAGACUCCAAAGUGAAUUGUGGUAUAGAUACCCACAGAAGUCAGCUUGAAUUAUUUGUUAAUUUGGCUUCUUUUUUAAUGAUGAUCUUAGGGAUUGAAAAGAGUUUGUUAACAUCUUUAUAAUGAUUAUUAUAAUGGUUUAUUUUUCAAGAUUAAUUAGUAUAUUUUGGACAAAAACCAUGUCCAGAAUCAGAUAUAACUCCAAAAAAAGGAAGCCUCAUCUAAUUAACAAGUGAAAGAUUAGCAUAGAUUAAAGUUAUAGUAUAUUUAUUUUUUUUAUUUAUUGUUAUAUUUUUGAAACCUAAAAAUGGUUGUACCAAGUUGAAUAUAGUACCCUCAGUAAAAGCUAGACUGAAGGAUUUGUCUAGUCAUAUUCAUGAACAUUAUUGAUAAUUAUUUUCAUCUUUUUGUUCUCAUUUUCUCCAAAAAUGGCCAUCUCAAGUCUUAAGGAGAUAUUAAAUGUUAUGUCUUUGUCACUUUUUUAUUCAUUGCAUUUAUUCACAUGUGUUACUGGAAUAUACUUUAUGAUUAAUUGUUGGUUUUAUUGUUGGCUGCAUAUACAAAAGAAGGUCCUCAGCACAGCAAAUUACAUUUAUGACAUUAUCAGGAGACUGUUUUUUAAGGCUACCCAGAAAACUAAUAUUCCCUUCAAAAGCAAUUGAUAAGUCAAAUUCAAAUGCACUGCUGUUAAAGUGCAUAGAAGUUGUAAGGCAGGAUCUGCUUUGUUACUUCCCUGCUGGUCACACUGUUUUUUUUAGGCUGUGAUGUUAGUUGUUAAAAAGCGUAACUCAUUCAUCUCCAGUAAAUAUUACUGCAGACCCCGUGUCCCACAUCAAAUAGUAAAAAAAAAAAACUGCGCAGUGACGUUUUGUGCAAAAUUAAGUCAGACUGUUGAUCUUACUUCACAAAGUCAGGUUGAAGGCUCAAAGUUGUUCUGCCAUAAACGUGUGAUGCAUCCAUUGUCCUGUUGGCGCUCUACUGGCUGUAUCAGGGAGUCUGAGGAGAAACUCUGAUUGACCACACAGGCUAACACACCAGUUGUGAGUCACUUCACAUCCUGAGUGUGAGGUAAAUGCUUUAAACGUCACAGCUGGAUAUAAAGUGUGUUGGCUUUGGCCUUGGCUCUGCAACGUGUUUUUAUCUACACUAAUAUUGCACUUGACACCAGUGGUCAGUAGCAAGUACACUUGAUUCCCCUGUACUAUGCAACUGUUGGGACAAUCUGCUUGUGAUAUGACAUUGUGAUGAUUUAGUGUUAUUGAGUGCUAAAUGCAAUAACUUAUAAAGUUACACUAGGCUUUUUUAUUUGAUUAAAAUGUUUAUUGGUUUACAAUAUUAAAUAAAACUAUUAUAUAUAA